CUCCCCACCGCCGCCUGGGCGUGGGGGCGGGGCCGCGCGUGCCACGUGACCGUCCCCGCCGACCGCGCGUCCCCGGCUGUCCCAGGCGCGCGCUGGAGUCUGGCGGCGGAGCAGACGGUGCCCCUUCCCCACUAGGGGCGUCCUGCUUUGUCCCCGCCCUGCCGCGAAGCUCUAUCCUGGCGGCAGAGGAUCGGAGUGGGGCUACGAAAGGGGGCGCACGGCGGUGCAGAACCAAAAAGAGGCUGUGGAACUGGGUCCUAGCAGUCCGUGCCGAGGCUGGAGGCCAGAGCCCCUAGUGAGGGGCCGGGCCGGAGGAGACAGCCCGGGCGUCCUGGCGGACCGCCAGGCGCACAGAGCGACCGUGUAGGGAAGACUCAAGGCUAUCUGUCCAAGCAAUGGGCGCAGUCGCGGGUUCGGGGGUCCCCUCGGGGCUCCGACCACUGGACCUGGGCAUUUCACAUCGCCAUCCAGCCUCGAAGCCAGUAGGACUGAGAAAUAGUGUCAGCCCAACGUGCCCUUCCCUCUAGGGAGAGGGGCCGAGCCCGACAGCCAGGGGGAUUCAGGAGGGAUGCCCUGGCCCUCGGGGGUUGGAGGGAGCUGAGGUUGAAGGGGUGCCGGGAGCGGAGAGCGCCCUCUUGGAUCAUCAGAUGCCGCCUCCUGUGUUUCCAUCUCUGCUGAGUGGGCUGGGCCACGCUGACCACCCUAUAGUAGGAGGGACGGACGCGGCCCGGCGGGCUCUGACUGUGCCACUUUUAGGUGGCUGCUGACCGGGACCCACGACGGAACAGGCAUGGGACGCAGCCUCGCCUCCCUACUGCCCAAGCUCUCAGGCGCCAGAGUUGGCAAAGUGGAGACGUGAGGGGACCCGUCGGCUGCCCCGGCUUCUUCAGGACCCUGCCGGGCCCCUCGCGUCCCUCCGCGCCCCAGGAGGAGCGGCUUGGCGCAGGGCUCCCAGGCGGGCGGGCGCGUGGAGCCGGAGCCCCAGCCUCGCCAUGGGACAUAACGGGAGCUGGAUCUCCCGAAACUCCAGCGAGCCGCCGAACGCGUCGGGCGCCGAGGCUGCGGGCGUGAACCGCAGCGCGCUCGGGGAGUUCGGCGAGGCGCAGCUGUACCGCCAGUUCACCACCACGGCGCAGAUCGUCAUCUUCAUCGGCUCGCUGCUCGGAAACUUCAUAGUGUUAUGGUCAACUUGCCGCACAACCGUGUUCAAAUCUGUCACCAACAGGUUCAUUAAGAACCUGGCCUGCUCGGGGAUUUGUGCCAGCCUGGUCUGUGUGCCCUUCGACAUCAUCCUCAGCACCAGUCCUCACUGCUGCUGGUGGAUCUACACCAUGCUCUUCUGCAAGGUUGUCAAGUUUUUACACAAGGUCUUCUGCUCUGUAACUAUCCUCAGCUUCCCUGCCAUUGCUCUGGACAGGUACUACUCAGUCCUCUAUCCACUGGAGAGAAAAAUAUCUGAUGCCAAGUCCCGUGAGCUGGUGAUGUACAUCUGGGCCCAUGCAGUGGUGGCCAGCGUCCCUGUGUUCGCAGUGACCAACGUGGCCGACAUCUACGCCAUGUCUACCUGCACAGAAGUCUGGAGCAACUCCUUGGGCCACCUGGUGUACGUUCUGGUCUAUAACAUCACCACGGUCAUUGUGCCUGUGGCUGUGGUGUUCUUUUUCUUGAUACUGAUCCGACGGGCUCUCAGUGCCAGCCAGAAGAAGAAGGUCAUCAUAGCGGCGCUCCGGACCCCGCAGAACACCAUCUCUAUCCCUUACGCCUCCCAGCGGGAGGCUGAGCUGCACGCCACCCUGCUGUCCAUGGUGAUGGUCUUCAUCUUAUGCAGCGUGCCCUACGCCACCCUGGUUGUCUAUCAGACUGUGCUCAAUGUCCCCGACACCUCUGUGUUCUUACUGCUCACUGCCAUUUGGCUUCCCAAAGUCUCUCUGCUAGCAAACCCUGUUCUCUUUCUUACUGUGAACAAAUCUGUCCGCAAGUGCUUGAUAGGGACCUUGGUGCAACUGCAUCACCGGUACAGCCGCCGUAAUGUAGUCAGCAUGGGGAGCGGGAUGGCCGAUGCCAGCCUGGAGCCCAGCGUGCGCUCAGGCAGCCAGCUCCUGGAGAUGUUCCACAUAGGGCAGCAGCAGAUCUUUAAGCCCACCGAGGAUGAGGAGGAGAGUGAGGUCAAGUACGGUGGCUCAGCUGACUUCCAAGCCAAGGAGAUAUUCACCACCUGCCUGGAGGGAGAGCAGGGGCCACAGCUUGCACCCUCUGCGCCACGCCCGGGCACCGUGGACUCUGUAUCCCAGGUGGCGCCAGCAGCCUCUGUGGAACUGGAGACAUUCCCUGACAAGUACUCCCUGCAGUUUGGCUUUGGGCCUUUUGAGUUGCCUCCUCAGUGGCUCUCAGAGACCCGAAACAGCAAGAAGCGGCUGCUCCCCCCCUUGGGUAACACCCCAGAAGAGCUGAUCCAGACAAAGAUGCCCAAAGUAGGCAGGGUGGAGCGGAAGAUGAGUAGAAACAAUAAAGUGAGCAUUUUUCCAAAGGUGGAUUCCUAGCAAGAUGUAAAUUCCUGGAGGCAACAGGGAGCGUCCAUGUGCCUGCCCUUCCUUUACUCUGACCGUAUGAUUGUGUGAUCUCUUUGCAACUCAGUAUGGGUUGAUUCCUUCUGUAUGGGCCAAAUGCUUUUGAAUGAUAUGGAAGUCUACAUAAAUACAAAUGUCCUCUUUAUUGAGGGAGUAUAUUUAUCUGUCUCUGUGAUCUAUGUCCUUAGUAAAGUCCAUGUGAUUGUCUGUGGCGAUGAAAGCAGGCAGCCAAGGAAGGGUCUGGAGGCGGGUACUCCAUGUGCACUCUCUGGGCCCCCCCGCUUCCCUGAGCUCAGCAGAGCACACACAGAGAUGAGCGUCCAUGAGCUCUAAGGGAAUUCCAAGAUAAUUACCAAGCAGGUGGCACAGAGAAAAUGCCUAUUCAAUUAACUUUAACAUGACAAACAGAGAGAUAUUUUUAUCCUGAGAAGAUGGAGACUCGUCAUCUGACAUCAUUUCCUUAGAAGCCCCCAUCCUGUGACUCAUGGUUUUGUCCAAUAUCCUCCAUCCCCUCCUUUGGAACAGAGGCAAAGGACGACAGUUCCACCCCUAUUUGAUAGACAUGACUGUAGAUGUGCCCAGCGGGUAAGAGAGAUAAUUUGUCUUCAAUUAUCCUGAUACUCUCUUGGCAUUGCCAAGGCCUCAGAAAGACAUACCUGCACCCUCCAGUCAUGGUCAGUGUUAGCUGAAAACUCUUCAAUAUGUGUUUCUUCUUAAAUUGUGUUUUUUUCUUUUUUUGCAGUAUUUGGCUGGGGCUGAGUUUGAACCCACCACCUCUGGCAUAUGGGGCUGGCGCCCUACUCCUUUGAGCCAUAGGCGCCACCCUUAAAUUGUGUUUUUUUCAACAAACUAAGAGAGAAGCUUAGAGGGAGAGAUGUUAGACUGAGGGAUGCCCACGCACUGUAGUCUUUUCUCUUCCCUAUGAUCUCACAUGAAAGGUGCUAUGUAACUAUCCGUAUGAAUGAAAGUGUAUCAAAAAAUCUUAUGCAAACUUUUGGAAUUAAAAGGUAAUUUAAAAAUGCAGAGUUAGGGUAAGCUUGGGCCUUUUGGAAAUGCCAAGCUAAAAGUCCUUGGUUAGGAAAGGUGAUUCUGCCCAAAAGACUGGCAAGAGUCUGUCAAAGAGGGUUCCAUUCUGAUGAGGACUCCAAAACUUAGGCAUGGCCAGUCUCAUUUUCAGUCUGUUUGUACAACUGUGUUUCUCCCUUCGUUUUGGACACAGAGGAGGAAAAGGACAGGGAGAACUAAUUAAUCACUGAAAGUGCCAAGGUAAUACCUAACCCAGGUGAGUUUUCCCAGUAAAGUUUCAGUCGGGAGCCAGGGUGGGUAGAAGAGGGAGGGCAUUCUCCUCAACUGAUCAGUCUCUCAAGCAAUUCUGGCCCCCUCUGGGCUAGAUUUCACCAGGCUGAAUUUGAACCACAGCUGACAGUUCACUUGUAGAGCAAACCAAAGGCCAGCUCUACUUCACUGCCUAGCUGUCUUUUCCAUGCUAAUGGCACUUUGGGGAGCCAGUCUGGUGCCUUAAGCAAGCUUGAAGGGCAGGGGGUGUCCUCACUGACAAACUUUCACACCCCAAAUGCAGUGGCCCUGACACAUCCCCUCCUUUAACCACACUGGCCCCUUGUCUUCAGUGGGAGCUCAGACCUGUGUAGGGAAUUUCCUUUUCCUUUCUUCUCUUAGGUGUGGUGUCUUGUGAUUCGCGAAUGUCAACCCAAAGACCCUACCCCUGGAGAGGGCGCCUUCCUCUUUGUCUUUGCCUCCUUGCCGGCCAGUCCUUUGCUCACAGUGGAAACAGGGCCCUGCCACGCCCUCCUGUGGCCCCCUGCCCCCUGGCCCCUGUGUGCAUGCCAUCUGUAGCUCUUUGCCCUGCUAGUUAACGUUGUGUCUCUCCAAGCUUAUCUUUCCAAACCUUCACAACUGUUACAACUUUUAUCAAGGGAAAAAAAUAAGCUUCAGAAAAUUGUGUCCAUUUUAGAAGAACCUGUCAAAUGUAGCCACUGUGGUGUUGUCCUGCUAAUAUACUGUGUAUGUACAACUUAAUAAAUUCUGACCAGGCAGAAUUUUGUUGGGUAUAUUUCUUACAUACAUUUGAAACAGAUGGUUGACUUCUAACAGGUCAUUGCCAAGUGUAUUUCUAUACUCUUUGAAGAAUAACAUUUUAAUAAAAAAUUGCAAAG